CUACAACAGGACUUGGUUUUCGUCAUUUGUAUUGAGAAAAUACCAUAAGCCUUAGAUCGGAUAUAUAAUUCACCAAUAUCAAACACAAAACAGAAGUCCCAGACCCGGAAACUAAAGAAGCAACUAACGGGCGUAGCAUUUGGCGGGAGCAUGGAGUCUGGGUAGCCGGGCAAGAUGAUACGCAAUGCGACUUGUUCUCGAGUUCGCUGAGCACAUGCUGUAGGUUUUAGUUUCUCAUUCUGGCACCAUGCGAUCAAUUAUCCGUUCUAAACAUGUAUUUCUAUGCUCAUGAUCUAUUUUCCUUCGCGCAUUGGAGGUCGGUUUACGUCUCUGGAACCGCUGAGCUGGAGGAGCGAACGGCUAAAAUAAACGUCGUUCAAAGAGAACGAAUCGUUCAACUGCAAAUCACGUCUCCACUCGUGGACGGCAACUUCAAUGAGUAGGCUACAUGACAGAAGAUAACGUGUUAUCAUAGGAAACGGAAGAAAAACUGUUGAUAAUCUUUUCAUUCUCCAAUUUAGUUUCGUUACUUGUAUUUGUCAUUUCAACUUUUUAUUUAACUCUGCUUGUAAUUAGUUAUUUUGACAUAUCCCUUUCAAGCACUUAAUCUGCAUCUGAAAUAGUUUAUUUUACGCCUGCAACAGGUGACAAAUAGAUGAACGUUAGGAUUUUGUCGGUGGCAGGUAGCCUAGUGGUUAGAGCGUUGGACCAGUACCCGAAAGGUUUCUGAAUUAAAUCCCCGAGUUGACAAGGUAAAAAUCUGCCCGUCACUGUAAAUAAGAAUGUGUUCUUAACCAAUUUGCCUAGUAAAAAAAAACACACAAAAAAAAAUGUUUUUGUCCACGCCCCCCCCAAAUCACAUAAAGCCAGGAGAGUUUGAAGUCUCAUCAUAUGAAAGGGUGCUUUCAAGUAGGGUACUGCUGUUGCUAUAACAUUUGGAUUAUUAUUACUGUCAAGCAACUGCAACUGCACCUGGAAUCCAUAGCCCUUCUGUGUUCCUAAUUUUCUGUGUGAAUUGGAGGGCAGCGAGAGAAGAUGCAUCUGGUCCUCAGGGUACUGUGUAUCUCUAUGCUCACACUGUGUUGCCUGAGUAGCACUGGUGAGAUAGGUUGUAAACAAUGGACAACCUCUGCUGGUUCUCCUGAUGUCUGCUGUGAAAGGUGCAAUCCAGGGAACCGUCUGGUGACACGCUGUGGAUCAGACCCAGAAAAGCUCUGCGUUCCAUGUCGGAAUGAGACCUAUACAACUGAUGGUACAUCACACUCCUGUCUCAGGUGUACUCAGUGUGUAGGUGGCGCCCAAUUCCUUAAGGCGGCCUGUACAAAAAGCAAGGACACAGAAUGUGACUGUAGGGCAGGAUUCCGAUGUGGUGAUGACCACUGCUCCUUCUGUGUUGAGGAGUGUGGGACGGGCCAGGAACCUCUUCCCGCUGCAAGGUCCUGCCGGAAUUGUCCAGAAGGGACCUUCAAUGACAAAAUCCAUGAGAAGUGCAAGUCUUGGAGAACAAGCUGUCUGCAUCCCAGUGAACACAUUGUUGCAGUGGGAGAUGCAGUCAGUGACAGCAAGUGCGGCAUUGCCAACAUUGUAACGCCAGAAGUCAACACCUUACCUUCAACACAGGCGGACCCUGAGGGGCUUUUUUGGGCUAUAAGUGCCUCAUUUGGGGUCUUUAUCCUCCUUAUCGUCUUGUUUCUGGUCAUCAUCAUCACCAAAAAGAAGCCAGAGAAGACAGCCCCCAAGGAGCCAACCCUUACUGAGCUAACUCCCCCUACAGAUGAACCCAGGAGCCUGGUGGUGACCAGUUUCCACCACCCUCAGCAGGAGCAGGGCAGCAGCUCUGAAAUCCUGUGCUCCCAAGACUUUGAGACCAAGCUCCUGCCUGUGUGAGUGGCAGUGGACUUACUUUCAUGUGUUUUUGUUCCACUUUACUUUAAUUUAUUUUUUAAAAGAGUAUUACUGAUAUUUGUUGCAUUGUUGGGAAAGGCAUUUCACUGUACUUGUGGAUGUGACAAUUAACUUGGAACAGGGUCAUACUGGGUCUGACCUAAUGAUCACUACUUCACACGGGCACUCUGAUGCAUACACAUUGCUAGCCUCAAGCCCGGGCUGACGCUACUGCUGAUACAGUUGGACUCUAGCUCUGCUGGACCAUGCUACUGAGUCGCUGGGAAUAUGACAUUGAGGCUUAGAUCAUUUUUUGAAUUUGUGAUAUAUUUUUAUUCUGUGAUAUUUCUAAUACCUCAGUCAUUUUCUUAUCUCACAGGCACAUUGAAAGGUAAACUAGGUCACUAUGUUAAGAUCAUGUCAGCUAGCUAGUAAACUGAUAUUCAAAUGUCAGUAGUGAUGGGGAAAUUUAGGGGGGAAAACACUGAUGUCACUAUAUGACAUAUGCAUUAGCAAUUGGCUGCAGCUGGACUAGUUCAACUAUUUACAUUUCCUGGUUUCAUAAACUGAUGGCAAGUGUCCUUUAUGGCCUGAAUAUGUAAUACUACUCUUGAAAUGUGUAUGAAGGUAGUAUCAGAGCCAUGACUAUGUAACAGUGAAUGAGGGGGUACAGCAGUACAACACAGGAAGUUCUGUAUAGUUGUGACUGGCAGCCUCCAUGCCUCCCACUGGCUUAUACAGUAUCAUAGUCACGUUUUCUCAGUUCCCUGAAUGGCUAAACCUAGCUGCCCACAGUUUAAGCUGAAGGGAAUAUCCCUACUUAAUAUACUGUACAACCCGAGGUGUGACGAACGUUUCAUUGCGCAAGGUAUGACGAAGAGCAAGUGCAGGGUAAUGCCUCAGCACUUUAAGAAUUUCAUUUAUGAUAACAAUGUACCACUGUGGUACAGUAUGUGACUUGGAGCCACUUUCCUGUGUGAAUGUACUGCUUUUGUUGACUGGUAUAGAGUUAAGGACAUUCCAAUUGGAUCAUUCAUCCCACCCUCCCCUGUAAUCAUUCACCAAGAGAUUGCUGUAAUUGAGAGAAUGUGUUUUGUCAACCUACCUGGUAAAAUAAACAUUGACAAGGACAUUGAAAUGUGUGCAGGACACCGUAUGACGUUAUAAUAAAAAGGCAGCUUAAUCUACCCAACUUCUCCAGGAAGAGAUUUCAAAAAGGGUCUGGACAUUCCAAAUAAUGUAGGAGGAAAUGCUACGGUCAGAGAAUCCUCUCAGGGGGGAGUUUCCCCUUUACACAGACAUAUCUAAAGUAACUGGAAAAGUCUGUUAACUAAUACAAAUGUUAAUUGCACUUGACGCACAAUUUACAAUGUCGGCAUUGAAUGUGAUCAAAGGGCUUCCUUUAACCUAGUCUGAUAAGAUCAAGACCAGAGUGAACUCUUUCACCACUGUAGGUUUGCAAUCAUAAGCAUGAUCUAAAUCGGUGUUCCUUCGGCUUGCUGGAAAUGCUUGUUAACUCAAGCCCACUUAGCCCUGGUUGUAAAACAGAAAUGAAUACUCCCUCUGGGCUUUCUGUUAGGCAGAGCUAGGAAAGCCGAGAGGAUUAUGAUUAAAUGUGUCAUAUUAAUCCCAUUGUACCAUCACUGCUGGGAAAUUACACAAGAAGGAGCAUAGGUCAUGUGUAAAUAAAGCUAACAGAAUCAUGAACGAUGUAUGACUAAUAGGAGUCACACAGGGAAGAGGGGAAACCGUGUCAAACACGCUGGAAGAGCAUCUCAGGCAAAUGAUCCUAUAGAAUCUUCCCAUUCAGAUCUGUACUAAUGUAACCUUUACUUUUCAUGAGUCUACAAAGAAGCAGAAUAGUGCAUCACAGUUCACACCCACGUUGAGUUACUGUAUUUUUCUAGUUUGGACAGGCGUAGCCCACUGAGAUGGAACAUCUCACAUUUCACAAUUAGGGCCUACAUGGUGGAAAACGUGAACCCACACUCAUGGAAUGGGCCUACAGUAGUAGCAGUGUAAAUUAGUCAUCACCACCACAAAUGACUGUCACAGUAAUCCGGGGACAGGGCCUUCAGAAAGCCAGUUACACUAAAGAUGACAGUCACAUUGAUGGAUUUUUAGAGUGCCGUCCAUGUGAAUAUCCUUAAGUACUUGGACUGGCCGGCUCCUGGGAUUUUGUGUAUUGUAUGUCUUUUCACUUUGGCGCAUAGAUUUUGUUGAUUAAAUAAGCAAUAUUGUUUCAUAUUUUGAGAUUUUUUUAAAUAAAGAACUAGCAAAUA